GCACUUCUGCUCCUCUCCCUCACUUCCGCCCGCCCUGCCGCACAUUUGCCUGCCAUGCCGCUGUCGGCGCAGGCUGCGGCCGGCGCGGAGGCUUCGCUGCUGAGCGCCAGCCUGGACAACGCACGGCACCUCUCCGGCAUCCUCCGGGCCGUGCACUUCCAGGACCACGCCACCUGCUUCGCCACGGCUAAUGGCCUCCGCGUGACUGUGGAAGCCGCCAAGUGCGUCCAGGCGAACGCCUUCAUCCAGGCAGAAAUUUUUCAGGAAUUUGCUGUUCAGGAGGAAUCAGUGACAUUCCGGAUCAAUUUGUCUGUUCUUCUUGACUGCUUGACCAUUUUUGGUACCAGUUCUUUGCCAGGAACAUCAACAGCCCUUAGGAUGUCUUAUCGUGGUUAUGGUUAUCCCUUGAUGCUGUUCUUGGAAGAAGGAGGAGUAGUGACAGUGUGUAAAAUUAACACUCAGGAACCUGAGGAGUUGUUAGACUUUGAUUUCUGCAGUACAAAGGUUGUUAAUAAAAUUAUCCUGCAGUCGGAGGGGCUACGAGAAGCAUUUGCUGAACUGGAUAUGACCAGCGAAGUUCUGCAGAUUACCAUGUCUCCAGAUAAACCCUACUUCAGGUUAUCUACUUUUGGAAAUGCAGGGAGUGCACAUCUGGACUACCCUAAAGACUCUGAUUUGAUUGAAGCAUUCCACUGUAACCAGACGCAGACAAACAGGUACAAGAUUUCUUUGCUUAAACCAUCUACAAAAGCACUGGCUUUAUCUUGUAAAGUCUCGAUUCGAACAGAUGCUCAAGGAUUUCUUUCACUGCAGUAUAUGAUUAGGAAUGAAGAUGGACAGGUCUGUUUUGUGGAAUACUAUUGUUGCCCUGAUGAAGAUGCUGCUGAAGCAGAACUGUAGAUGUAUGUUUGGGCAUUUGUAUUAUAUUUAUGGAUGUACAUAAUACUAUAUUUUUUUAUAAAACUGAAUGAAACCUGUAAAGAUUUUUAGGCUUGAUGUUGUGUUUUGGUUUGUUUGUUUUUACUCUGGAAUUAGAAAUACAAAGACUUCCUUUUUAUUCCCUUGCAAACAUUUCUUAGCCUUGAUUCAAAAAAAUUAAGCUGAAACAGUGAAAAGGAGAGUUGAUCUGCCAUUGCCACUGAUUCCAGCACAGAUGUUAAAGUGGCAUUCAGGUAAUACUCUGCUGCCUUUUACAGUGUUCUCCAAGUAAUUUUGUUUGCAUUUUUUUUUGUCUUUGGCUUGUUUUAAGCAAUUACUCAAAGAAAAAUCUGAGUAUGUUAGCCAGUUAACUUCCAGUGACUUAAAAAUAAAAGUAAAUUUGUCUUGAAAGAGGGUGAUGUUUUCAAACAUAUUUCUCAACAGCAACAGGUGGUUUCUUUCUGGCAAAUGCUGAUGUGUUUUGCUGCUAAAGCCACUAGGCUCCCCUCAUGUUGAUUAAUUCUUAAUAUAACUCAGUUCCUUGGAAUUUCAUCUGAUACCAAUUUACCCGUUUGUCUGCAGCACUGGUGUUGAAUUGGUGAAUUAAGACAGAAGCCAGGAUUUUUUUACUCGUUACUCAUAGCUCUUCUGGCAACUUUAUUGUUUUGUAUCUCUUAAUUUAUUACACAUCCACAAGAAAGCUGCUGCUGAAGUGUUUCCGUACAUGUCCCCAUUCUCAUACUGCUAGUCUCUACUAAUGCUGUUAAGAAUUCUAUGAAGAGAGAAGAUUUUCAUAUUUGAAACCAUUUGUGAUAUUUGUUUACUUUCUCAGUAGCUUUUUUCAACAACAGGAGGGACUCUUAACCUGAAGUACAGGCGCGUCUGCCUUCGUCCCAUGGAGUGGUGCAUUCACAUCACUGCUAAAAAUGGGCCUACCCUCCUACUCACUGAAAAGGGGGUGCAGUUUCUGGACAGUUUUCUGCAGUGGCCAGCUUUGCAGAGCAGUAAGAUGGGCUGUAGUUAGACCAAAAGUUGCCCUUCUCCUUUCACACCUCUCUAUUGCAAACAGCCUGCUCAGAACAGGAGGUCAGCCGAACCACUGGGCGUCGAACCAGGGGCAGCUGUUGCCUGUCAUGCUGCAAGAGACUGAAGUCUUCCUGCCUUGCUGCCAUGGGAUGUGAUCUGAGAGUCAGCUGUGGGUGACUUCUACAGCUUUAGGCUGUAGUUGAGUUUUUUCUCUUUGUCACAAUA